AUGAAAUAUGUGACCACUUCUACUUCAAAUGGAGCAGGGGUGGCUGCGGGUGGAGCCACUUCUACCUCGAAUGGAACUGAUGCAGUUACCUCAACCUCGAUUGGGAAAAUUUGGGUAUCAACAGGUAGUAACAACAUUUCCCCUCAGGAGUAUCCUACACAAACCCGAGCUAACAGGAAGGUGCAUUCACUCAAAUACGCAAACAAGAAGUCAUCACGUUCAUCUGGUAAAACAUCAUAUGUCGCUUCGAAAAAGCUUGAAGAUGCCAAAGGGCUAUGGCCGGAACUGCUACCGGAGGUUCUAUGGGCCCACCACACAACGCCGAAGAUCAGCACAUGCGAGACGCCAUAUUCACUAGUCUACGGCACUGAUGCAGUCAUACCCGUUGAGGUCAGGGAACCCAGCCUGAGAUACUCAAAUGAGAGUGGAUCAAGCAACGAUGAAAGUAGGUUACAAGACCUAGAUGAGGUCGAAGAACGGAGGGAUAUGGAACAUGUAAGAAUGGUGGCCCAAAAACAACAAGCAGAAAGAUAUUAUAACAAGAAGGCCAAAAUACAACCACUCAAAGUUGGGGACUACAUAAUAAAAGCCAAAACGCAAGCAGUGAAAGACCCGAAUGAAGGGAAAUUAGGAACAAACUGGGACGAGCCAUAUAAAAUCACAACAGCACUAAGCAAAGGAGCAUUUCAACUAGAAACAAUGGAAGAAAACCACUACAAAAUAACUGGAACGUCGCCCACCUGA